ACAGACCUUUGUUACGUCACUGUCAAGUCAAGUCAAGCAAAAUACCAACAAGUCAAAGCAAUUUUCAACCAAAAAUUUCGGGAAAUUUCAGGUAUUUAAAAAUUAUCUUUUAGUAACACUACAUUUGCAACAAUAAAUAAUCAAAAUACUUUUCGAAAUGAAGAAAGGUUUGCUCUUUGGCAUAGUGGCGAGCUCGAAAACUCUAGUUCGUUGUGUAUUCUGUAGAGUCUACAUUCCUAAGGCGAACAAAUGUAUAGAGCAGCACACGCAGGGAGUCAAGCACAAGGACAACAUAACGCUCAUGACGGAGAACGGGAUGAUUCUUAAGAACGAUGAGAUGUACUGCAAACCCUGUAAAAAAGUGGUAGAUGAAGAGGAAUCAGUGUCGAAGCAUAUUAAUAGUGAAAGUCACGCAAACUGGCAAGCGGCGAUCGAAGAUCUCACGGACGGCGAGUACAUACAGUUAGAGUCUUAUCUCACUUCAGAAAAAGAAGAGGCGUAUUGCGAAGUAUGUAAAAAAGAUAUUAACUGUAGUUUGCAAGUCAUAGAAGCACAUGUUAACAGUAUUAUUCACAGAAGUAACAUUCUGGAAAGAUUGAAACCUCUGAAUGGUAUUUUCCUGGUAGAAAAUGAUGAUGAGGUAUAUUGCAAGGUGUGUGAUGAGUACAUAGAUAAUACAGUUCAGUCUGUUCUAGAACAUAUUGAUGAUGAUGAAGAGCACAUAGAUUGGUUUGCAGAGAUGGAAGAUCUCAUAGAACAGCAAGAUAUAUCUUUAGAGAGAUAUUUAGCUAAUGAAAAUGAAGUCAAUGUGUACUGCAAGAGAUGUGAUAUGGAGAUAAUUUGUGAUUUUGAGAGCAUAGAAACACAUGUUCAUAGUGAAUCUCAUCUUAACAAUUUUGGUUAAAGUGUUAUUUUGUCAUUAACUCUUUGUUGUGGUUGGGUAAAUUGUUUGUCCACUUUGCAGUGCUGGUUUUUAAGAUAUGGUUGAAUACUUCCAUCCAUGACUUGCAUCAAAAGUGCACUGUAUGAAUUUUAUUCAAAAAUUUACUGACAUAAGUUUUGCGUUUCAUCUAAGUUAACAGAUUGAUUAAAUCUGACAAUUUUUCCAUAAACAAAUAAGUAUAUAAAAAAAUAGAGAAGGAUGUUAAUGUACAGCUGUGACCACAGGCAUUGAUUGUGAGAUGUUAGCCCAUCUUGCAUGUGAUUUUUUUUCACUAUUUCCUAAUAAAGGACUGAAAAAUAAUGUUAUCGCUGAAUAUAUGUAUGGGCAACAAGAAGCAAAUUUUGCUCAACUUGUCCUGUAAUCUCUCAAAAAACUGAAUGUCAAAUGAAUUGAAUUUUUAUCAUACCAAAUACCUUCUAUAUUGAGAAUUGACUUUACAAAAUAGUGGUGACAAUAGAUAACUGAUCGUCACAGCGCAAAAACAUGUAAAAUUUUAAUAUUAUACUAUAAACAUUGAGCUUUACCUGGACCCCAGAUUUCAGAGUAUAACAACUAAGGGUGCAACUGGGAACACACUAGAAGCUAGUAUUUGUAAAUUUUUCUUGAUAACCAGGUUAUACUGGAUGCCACUGGCAAUUUUCGGUGAUCCCAGUCCCUAUAUUAUAUGUACGCAGCAAUAUUGGGGUCAAUGUUAUUUAAUGCUUGUCAUCUUAUAUGCUUAAGGCCAUUUGAACAUAAUGUGUAGCAAUACUGCAUCUAUUUUUGGAAUAAAAUGUGGACAACAUGAUACUUAAACUUGACUGCAGCAAAUGUCUAAUAAUAUUAAUCAAAUAAUAAUAGAUAAUAUUUAUUGAUUUUGUAUGUUGUUAUUUUUCAAGAAGACUGUUAUUUAAAUAUCCUAGUAAAUAAUUCAUAGUAUAUUAAACUCUAGUGAAUAUGUAAAGUAUUAUCAAUAACUUACUACAUAGUAAAAUAUGUUACAAAUAGUAUACAAUACAUAUUUUAUGUUAUGUUUUGUAAGGUCUGCACCUGUUUAGAAUUUCUUCACUAUUUAAUUUCAAAAUAAAAAUAAUUUCAUAGGUACCUGUUUCUUUUGUGGUGCUGUAGUUUGCUGUCUAGAAUUUAGGUUCAAUAGUCAUCAAUUAUUUAGGAUUUGGAAAGUCUUAUCAAAUUAGUUAAAAAUAUAUGUACUUUUAAUAAUUUCAAUCAAGUAACUCUCUCAGCCUAUGCUUCACAUUUAAUUUACUGAAACCCUCCUAAUAGAUGAUCCUUAAAAAACCUCAUAUAUGCGUCUUUCCUUUUUUUCAAAUUCAUCGUCUGGGGUUAAUAAAACAAUGAUACUUGUUUAAAUUCAUUUAUUCAGAUAUAACAGGAAAAGUUAUCAAAACACAUAAUAUUAGUAAUUAAUACUAUGUCUACAAAUAUGCAGUCGUAUGAAGUAUCCUAUCUACUUGUAUUGGUAGUUCAAUCACAAAUAGAAAAAAAAAAUACUUUUUUUUCAUAAUAAUAACUUAAAAACUGCACUAAUUAUCUCAAAACAAACAAAUAAAUAAAAUCCGCACUAAAGCAAUAGUGAUGGGAAGUAAACUUUUAUGCUUACUCACAAGCACCAGUAGUUUGCGUCGCUCACAAUAAGACCUAAAACUCCCUAAAAACUAAAAGGGUUCAAAUCUGACUUGUAAAAUUCAGCAUAAUAUUUUUCUUUUCUUCUUUUAUUACUCAAUACAAUGUAUCUAUUAAGUCACCAAGAAGUGGUAUAAAGUCCUUGGUGCAAGUAAAAAGAACCCACCCAAAUAGUUCUUCAAGAUAAAGAGAUUUAAAUAGCAAUUUCAUAUCCUAAAUUUUUAAUAAUCAAAAGGGUAGUCAUCUUCAUUUUCGUCUUCUUCUUUUAUGGUUUUGAGUGGCACUCCAUGAUUGAAUGUGGGAAUUGGAGCAGCACACUUUGGUGGGGGAGCUGCGGUAGUUCCAGAGUCGCACUUGACUUGUUCGCCAAGUCUCCAAGCCAUCCUAUCCUGGUCUAGGUGGACCACUUGAGCUAGGUCUUCCGCGCAGCAGUCGAUGCGUGAUAUUGUGUCGUUUAACUUGUUUUGUAAGCGCCUAAAAAUUUAUCUAAUAAUAGCUGUAU